AUGGUGCGAAAGAAUAGUUCAGAUGCCGAGCGUGAAUAUAAGCGACUUCUGGAUGAGUCGCUUUCGUUCAACAGAGACAAAGUGAUCAUCUUAAAUGCGGAGCCGUCGAGCCGCUCGUUUGUAAUAUGGUUUAUCAUAUCGAGUUAUUUUCCCGUGAUUACUGCCUGUUUGGGUCCUAUAUCAAACACCAUCGCCGUGGCUGGCAUUGUUGGGAAGUGGAGGGCAGACGCGGCGGGAAAAACGCAUCCGGAUCCAAAGGGAGUCUACGCUGUGAAUGUGGUUUCACUGGCCUUGGGCUGUGUCUCUAACUUUGUUCUUCUUCUACAUUUCUCGAAGAGGGUCGGCUACAUACGAGCGCAGCUCACCAAUAUAGUUGGGUGGACGUUGGCUGGGGGACUGCUGCUUGCAGAUGUGAUAGUAUGCAGUCAAAGAGAUUUCCCGCCCAACUUACAAAGAACUGUUGGAUUUUGGUACGCGUCCUUCACUGUAUUGCUAUAUUUUGGCUCUACUGUCCUGUUAUCAAUUCACUACUGCGGCUAUAAGGCUGGGAAAUACCCAGCGAAAUUCAAUUUGACGGAUAGCGAGAGAAAUGUUAUGAUUUUCACAUUUGUUCUAUCGAUUUGGUUUAUAUGGGGGUCAGCAAUGUUCUCCAAGUUGAUAGAAAUCAGCUUUGAUGAAGCGCUUUAUUUCUGUACAGUUUCCAUACUAACAAUCGGCUUAGGAGACAUUGUCCCUCUCUCCGUCUCUGCCAAGAUCAUGACCCUUGUUUACUCGAUGUCUGGCGUUAUAAUAUUGGGUCUCAUUGUCGCUUUGACUCGCUCCAUACUCCAAUCUUCUUCGGGCCCAAUUCUCUUUUUUAACCGCGUUGAAACUGCUCGUACUAAGGUUUACGAGAAACUGAUUGCAAGUGGCGAGCAGUUGGAAGGAAGAGAAGCAUUUGAAGUUAUCAAGAAUAUUCGCAAGGUUUCAGUACAGCGACAAAAGAGAUGGAGCGUGCUCUCGACUCUGGUUAUUUUUAUUGCGUUUUGGCUUCUUGGGGCGCUUGUGUUCCAUUUUGCAGAGCGCUGGAACUAUUUUAACUGCUUAUACUUCUGUUUUUUGUGCUUGAUAACUAUUGGUUUUGGCGAUUAUGCGCCGAAGACGGGUUGCGGGAGAGCGUUUUUUGUGAUAUGGGCCAUUUGCGCUGUGCCCUUAAUGACAGCUAUCAUAAACACAGUCGGAGAAACCUUACAUUCGAUGUCAAGCAAUCUGGAGAUCAACAUUGCAAAAUCUUCUGCACUCCUUCUGUCACCUGUGUUUUCUAUGUUUGACAAGAUAUGCUCAUUCUGUUCCAAUAGUCCAAAAGAAACGCAAAUGGACCACAGUGUGGCUGAUGAACAUGGCCCCCAAAGCGCAAGCGAAUCACAAGCAGAAGGAAACGGGGAACUCCUUUCAAUUCAUAGCCCAGAAAGGCCGCCUUCCAAACCUGAUUUUGACAGUGGUUCAGAUUCCUCGAUUGAUUCAAAGAUUGCAACAAAACUUAAAGACUACUUACAAGUUAUAAAGUGGUUGAGAGAACUUUCGCAUCGUAAGCCAGACUCCAAACUUGACUUUGAUGAAUGGGCAAGGUUGUUUUCUUCCAUUAGUGACGAUGGAGACAGAACGCUAGGGGACCCCCACUUCUGGGUCUCAGAGGAUUCACCUUUGAGAUAUCCGAUUGAUGAACCACGUUAUGUUAUGCAUAAUCUACUUAUCAACCUUGAGAAUGACAUAGAGCGUUUAGUAAGGAAAAACAGCGAUGAGGCUUGA